AUUUCCUGCAAUCACCGGGGGCUAGCGCAGGCAAACCUAAGCGAAGGCUUCUACCAAAUUAUCCACCUUCAGUCUAGAAACUCAACAACCCCCCAUCUCAAUCUUGAACAAUUUCGCUCUUCGACAGCGACAACCCACAUUCGAUCAGCGAAACUUCUUGAGCAUCACCAAACCACAAUCAUGGCUGACGACCCGGACUACAACGCUGAGGAGGCCGCCGAGCUCAAGAAGAGAAGACAGUUCCGCAAGUUUUCUUACCGAGGAAUUGACCUUGACGCUCUCCUCGACCUCAGCUCCGAGCAACUUCGCGAUGUCGUUCACGCCCGAGCCCGCCGCCGGAUCAACCGAGGUCUCAAGCGAAAGCCCAUGGGCCUGAUCAAGAAGCUGCGCAAGGCUAAGCAGGAGGCUAAGCCUAACGAGAAGCCUGACCUCGUCAAGACGCAUCUGCGAGACAUGAUCGUCGUCCCCGAGAUGAUCGGCAGCGUCAUCGGCAUCUACUCCGGCAAGGAGUUCAACCAGGUCGAAAUCCGACCUGAGAUGGUUGGCCACUACCUGGGCGAAUUCUCUAUCUCAUACAAGCCCGUCAAGCACGGUAGACCCGGUAUCGGUGCCACUCACUCUUCUCGAUUCAUCCCUCUCAAGUAGUCAGUCUGCGGAAAGUUGGAGGGUUCUUGCACUUGCAUUCAUGGAUUGGGCGAACGGAACGGUUCUUUCUCGGUAGAUAGGCAAAUGACCAUCAACCGAAUGCGCUACAUGAUAAUGAUAUGAGAUCAGUCUGCGCUAAGCACAUUACUACGCGGAUUUAUUUGAUGACGUGACUGCUUUGUGCCUCGUAUUUCUCGCGUACUGCUCUGGCGAUGCGAUGUCUUAGGUACGUAAUUAGGUUACGAAAGUCGUA